UAUGCAAUUAUUUGAUACUCGAUUUGGAACAAUACGUUUGGAAUCAGGUGAAUGGUAAACGCAAUGUUUACACAAUUUUGAACCCAUUUCAGCGAGUUCAGUCGAUGGAAAACCAUUAUUACGUUACAAGAACUGCGAUCGUUUUAUUGGUGGAACUUAAUUAAAAUAGUACGGUCCCAUAGAGACCUAUAAUGAGUUCUCGAACAAGAACACUGUUCCGUCUUUGUGCGAAUUGUGUUACCGUCAGGGUAAAGGUAAGUCGAAAACGAUUGUCUACUUUAACGAACGGUAUGGUCAGAAAAUUUCUCAAGGUUUUAUUGCACGUUAUUUGGAAGCUAUAUGCCUUUUACCUGACAAUAUUCCCGUUUAAUACGAAACCAUUUCGUCUUUCAGCGAACGCCACAUAAUGUCCAUUGACACGUUGUACAGGGUGUUGCCGAUCUGGUGGCACAACCGGAAGCGGGGUGAAUCUGCAUAAAAAAAGUAAGUAAAAAAUGUAGGGUGAUGUUUUUUUAUGAAAUUUCUUCUCGUAAUAAAUCAAUGUUAAUUUUUUAUUUUCAUUUGAUAUAUUUAAUUUUCUCUUUUCGAGGCUUUUAAGUUAUUGGGUCUAAAGGACAUGAUAAUUACCGAUUAUGACCCCCUUUCAAAAGCAGCAUUGACCGCUCCAGUUAUAUUUUAUAUUCCGUUAGAAAAUUCGGGUCAUUUUCACGAAUGCUUGACAAACAGCCUAUAAGUCGAAGUUACUUGACGAACAUCUGUUUAAGUUUCUGAUAAUAUUCAACGUGGUGUGAAUACAAAUGGAAAUAUUGCAUGAACUUGGUUUCCACUAACCAUUAUCGUUACGAAACACCAUUGUCCUCUACCUUUGGGAAAUUAUGAAGAAGUCGUUUCGAGUGAUUACAGUUGUGAAAUUACGAGACACUUUCUAUUAGCCAUUUGCGUUAUCUAACGAUGUAUGUAAACGGUUAAAAUCAUUUACAACAUCACGAUUGCAUGGUUCUGGAUUAUAGUUGAUUUAAAAUGUUCAAUGAUCAAAACUCGUAGACUAUCGAUUUUUAAAAUUUUUGUAUUUCUCAAAAAAAAAGAAUUUGAUUGAUCUCCUAACCAUUUAAAAAUUUUAAGAUACCAAAAUUUCAGAAUUCUAAAAUUUCAGAAUCCCAAAGUUACUAAGGGACUUGGCCAAUUUAAAAAAAAUCCUAGUUAUGGUACUGGAUAGAUUUUUAUUUCCAUUUGUUUUAAAGCAAAUAGAACAAACAAAUGUGAUCUAAAAAAAUGAUAUAUAAAAGUCUAAUAACAACCCUUUCGUUCAUUCGUUUCUCACCGUAAGAAAAGCGACAACUCACAGCGGGCCAAUUUAAAAGAUUUCAACGUGGUACGUCGAAUUGAGACGUUUCCACGACGAAUCAUCAUGAAGAUUUUGCAACCCGUACCGUUACAUGGUUUGUAUACAUUUCUGUGAGAGCAGAGCAGAUGCAAAUGCGCGGACCAUUCAUCUGUCGUCGUACCGAUGCGAUGGCCACGGGAAAAAUCGCAAAUAACGGGUUGCGGUCGUCCCUGCACCAUAGAAAUGUGGGUUAUGUGGCCAAAAGAGCAAAAAUUUGUAUACACGAGAAUGGGAGGCGGUGCAGUGAAUUGAGCGCCAGGGUGCUUUUCUAUGGGUAGGACACGACGUUUUAACGGGGCCCAAAACGGAGGACUAAAUUUGGCGUGAUCUUGGGACGAAGACAUGAUGAGACGUCUCCACUAUAUCGAGCAUAACUGUACCUUAUCCUUCGACGUUUCUCGUUUCAUUCCUACUUUUCUCACACUCGAAUUUCUUCGAACUUUGUCGAACACAAAAAUUUUAAGAUUAAAAAAAAACUUUCAAUUAAUUGAAAAAUUUUGGCUCGCUAAACACAGGAGAUUUGAAAAAUUAAUUCUUUAAUUUAUAAAAUUUAUUGGAUGAAAAUCCAACUCAAUCACAGAAAGCAUUGGCAUAUGAAUUUUUAUAAUGAAAGGGUUAAUAAAAUAUAUAUUAUAUUAGAGUUUAGAACACAGGAUAAAAUUAUAAUGAAAUUUUAACGACUCGUUAGAAAGCUAUGAAAAACAAUAGAUGCCAAGGGUGCUGCAGUGGAAAGUGGCUGGCCCAACAAUUAACGAGGCAGCCGUGAAACUAAACCAUUAGUCAUCAGGAAUCGAAGAAAAGAGGUUCAUCUUCCGGUGCUAUGCGAUGAAAAUUGCCAUAUGUUGUGCAUCCCUAACGAGCAACAACCAAAGAUGAUCCAUCGAGCAUUUCCAAAGGACGAAUGUCAAGGUGCAAUACCGUUGUCAUUGGCGUAACUAGGAUUAUUAUCUGGAGUAGGCUAAAUCCUCCAACUUUAUUAAAAAAUUGAAGUGUCUAGUGAUGCUUAAUUCUAACAUACUUUUUAUUCACAAUUUUAGAAAAUUAUUACAUGUCCAUGUAAUAAUAGUCAUUGGACGUAAGUAGGUUAGAGUCAAGGUAGACAUACCUUAUUUAUUACAAUAAUUUCUAGAGGACUAACUUCAUCUUGACCCCUACCUACUUACGCCAAUGACCACUGUCCAUCCCCCAGCAACCACCAUUCAGAUGGACGCAUAAAAAUUUCGCAAAUUUCACUAGGCCGCAACGCUUUCGCCGCAUAAUUUAUGAGCACUUUACGCAAAUUCCGCGAUUCUUAACCCUUUCGCCUGUUCCAGUCGUAAAUCAUCGGACACGGGCCAGAAACAAAAGGCAAGCACGAAAUACUAGGGAAAAUAGACAUGGAAAGGACCGGAGUAAAGGGUUAUGCAGCGAUUCUAUGCAUAACCGUAAGGACAAGCUAAGCGUUAUACAGACAGACACCCCGCAACGCGGAUACCGGCUACCAAAAAUGUCGAAACAUUCAACCCUUUGCCGAACAGUUGCAGAAAGUGAAUGUUACCCGUCCUUACGCGGGAUUUAAGAGGACACCGACGGAAGGAUUUAGUGUGCCAGCCGGUAACUGGAUGUUUGGAAAGGCUGGAGAGGCACGCUGACUACGACGACCGGAUUAAUUUAGCGGGAUUCGAUUGUUCGAGGUCAAGAAGCUGUUGCGAUUUGCUCCGAGAACGAUAAAGACACGGCCACGACAGGAGACACCGAACCUGCAUUGUAUUUCGCGACACGCCUACUUGGGUCUGAUAAACGAAUUCAAGGCAGAACGGAGUAUUCAUGCCAUCUCCCCCUCCGAUUUUACUCUUUAUGUAUACGACUUGAUUGGCUUGACUAAGCGCUACUUCAUUUUAUUAUUCCCAUUAACACUUUGACGGUCGCGCAUUUCGUGGAAUAUUAAUUUUUCUGAUUUUAUGUUUCUUAAUACCUACUUAUGUCUAUUAGGAUGUUAUCAAGAAUUAUGCUUGACCAUUCUGUUUAACGAAGUGGUGAACGCGUGCCAGUCGGCAUCCCGGCGCUAUGGUCAUCAGGAGUGUACCCCCUCCAUUUUCUAAGGAAACCUCUCCUACCCCUGGGGUCUUGCAAGGGUUGGCCAGUAUAUAAGCGAACUACACCCCCUCUCGUUCUAAACGAUUUUGGCGAUUCGCUCUGUGAACACGAUUUACCUAAAAACCGUAGGACUGUUCGUAGGAACCGACUGGAUUGGGCGUCCCGAACGUGUCGGGAGACGCGCACCAUUCGAACGACGACGAUACAUACAUGGUGUUGUGAUAACAGUGACCGGUGUGUGACUUUGGAUCGAUCAUUAGGCGGUGGAAGGUUGCAAAAUGGAAUCGUAUUCCAACUCCUUGAGGGACAACGCACAAGUUCUCGACUUUACCUCCUGUUUGAAACGGGAGAAAUGCGCAGAAUCCUCCGAGCCACCGGUCCUCGAUCUUUCCUGCAAGAAGCAAACUGUUCCAAUGUUAAACAAGUUGAUCUCGCAUAACGAACCAGCGGACACGGAAAAAGAAGAAAUAAACAAUCAUUUUGUAGAUCCAGAACGAAAGAGUCCUUUCGAAGGACGAACGUUCAUGGUAACGCCACCAUCCGAGUCGGAAUCGCCGAAAAAAAUCAAAUUCGAAUCGAUUUAUAACUGUUCGAAUGCGUCGGUUAAUGUCAUCGGUCAACACGGUGAUUUCUCGGCUCUACCAAUGAAUAUUCCAAUCCCAGUAGUGCCUGCAGUACUACCAGCACUUUUGAGCCAAAAUGGAGGGACGGUUAAACCAAUUCAAGUAGGCGCCACAUCCAGCAUAUCAACAACGACGCCGACCACCUACUGCAAAGAAAUGGCACUGACAGCUUUGUCUCCUGAUACCGGUAAAAAAGCACCGAGACCCUUCAAGGCUUAUCCGAAAGACCCGUUGUCGCUUACCGUAGGUACGGCUGAAUUGAUGUAUGAUCAAAAUUCUACCGAGGCGUAUUCGGAAUUCCGGAAACGAAUGCUGGAUUCGGUCAGACGGUCGAACGAAGGUACCAAUAUUAAGAUGCGUAGAUCCACCAAGAGCCCUGGAUUACCUACCAGCACUGUGGACGAGAAAGACGCAGCUUAUUGGGAAAGGAGAAGAAAAAAUAAUGAAGCGGCUAAACGUUCUAGGGAUGCGAGAAGAGCCAAGGAGGAUGAGAUUGCGAUCAGGGCAGCUUUCUUAGAGCAAGAAAAUAUAAAAUUAAAAUAUGAACUUGUAGCGCUUAGAAAUGAAACGGCUAAACUUAGAUGCAUGGUUUAUUCAACUUAAAUUUAGGAUAUUUUGUAUAGAUUUCAGUCAUAAGUUGUUAAUAUUGUUUUGAUAUUGAAGGAUUCAAUCAGUUUCUCUAAAUACUGAUUCGAAGCUUUGUAUUUGUUGCUGAUGAAGAAGCAAGGAGUGGAAUAUUUGUAAAAAUCUGUAUUGCACUUUGUAAGCA